AUGGUGUUGGGGAAUGAACAGAUUGUCACUACAGUCUCAUCACAGCGCGAACCGGUAGCAGUACAGGGUGAUGCACCUGUCACUCGAUACAAGGCGUGGAAGUACGCCAAAGUUUCAGCCGCGAAAAAAGUAAAAACCAAUGUAGAUGCUCAGGCUUUGAAUAAGAGUGUUGGUCUCAAAACGCCGAACCCAGACCCUGAAGCCGAAACGAGUCAUCAGCUGGAGCACCGUGGCGUAGAGGAAAAGCUUCAGGUUACUGAAUCAGGAAUACAAAAGAAACUUGUACAGGAUGACCGCGCAGGCACACUCAAAUCCCUGGAAGUGCAGUUGCGUGAAGUCCAGGUGAACCUAUAG